UAAAAAAUCGAAUUUAUCACAAAACUAAAAGUUUGAAAUCGGUACUUGCUUCCAAUCAAACCAUCAUUCAUCAAAUGGCAGAGAACACAGAAGAGGUGAAGCGGCCCCAAUUUCCAACUGGAAGGGUCAAGAGAAUAGUGAAACUGGACAAAGACAUCAACAAGGUCACCUCAGACGCUUUGUUAAUGGUUUCCCGAUCCACCGAGCUAUUUCUCCAAUUCCUCGCAGAGAAAUCGGCGGAAGUUGCAAUGGAGAAGAAGCGAAAGAUCGUGAAACUCGAUCACAUUCGAAUUGCCGUUAAGAGGCAUCAGCCUACCAGGGAUUUCCUUCUCGACUCGCUUCCUGUGCCAACUCACUUAUCCGGUAAGCCACCAGUUGAGAAGACUCGUCCUACUCCCGCGGCAGAUAAAUCGCUCCCUCCUGGAACUCGCCGGAUCGACUCUUUCUUUGCUAAGUCGGCAAAUGAAGCUCCGGUUCAGAUAAAUGAAAACUAGAUGCUCUUGUUUUUAUCUUCAAAUUAUUUUUAAUUAGUUGUACCAGAAUAUAUUUUUAGUAUUAUAAUAUAGUGAAUCUUCAUUUUAA